UUAAGUCAGACAGGAGCACGCGCGUGGAGAAGCUGUUCUGUAUGAGCAGAUUGGCGGAGUGGUUAAAGCAUUGUGUUACUGAUCGGAUAAAAGCCUCAGCCAAAUGAGAGAAAUCAAAAAUAAGCUUAUUUUAAGCAUAAAUUCUUGUUUCUGGCUUUGACUUUUGCUGGUGUGAGUUAAUGGAUCUCUCGUUAAAACAUGUCUACCUGUGUUCUGACGUUGCUUCUCAGAAUUGCCACAAUAAUUGCCUCUGCUGUACUUGCAACAUGUACAUAUAUUUAUAGUUAUUUCAUUAGUGACUGCAUAUUGUCCAUGUGACAUCAAAAUGGUACAUAGGGCAACCUCCAGUAAUAUUGGCACCCUUGGUAAAUAUGAGGAAAAGAAGGAUGUGAAAAAUCUGUUUUUAUUGUUUAAACUUGUCAUCUUUUGCUAAAAUGAAUUCACAAAAAUACUCUGCUCUCAUGGAUAUCAAACACAACACAGGUUUAUCAAAAAAAAAUAUUUGUUGAAUAUAGGUGUGCAACAAUUAUUGUCACCCCUAUGAAUUCAUAUGAGGAAAAUAUAUUUGAAGUAUAUUCUCAUUACAUUAAAAAAAAAAAAUACACCUGGGUGCGUAGGAGCAGGAAAUUGUUCAACCGUGACUUUCUGUUUCACAGGCCAAAUUCCCUUAGUCAUUCACAACAAUGGGUAAGAGUGAGGAAUAUAGCUGUGAUGUGCGGCAAAAGCUUCACAAAAUGGGACGUGUCUAUAAGAAAAUAUCACAAGCAUUGAAAAUGCCCAUUUCCACCAUCAGGGCAAUAAUUAAGAAGUUCCAGUCAACUGGAAAUGUUAUGAAUCAACCUGUAAGAGGAUGUGUGUGUGUGAUUAUAUAUUGUACAGAAUAUUUUCCUGGCAAUUAUUCAUUAACUUUCAGUUGCGUUCAAUAGUUGCUGAGUGUAUUUGUGCUGUUUUCCUCUACAGGUUAGUAUACCUUAGCUUCACUUCUUCAAAAAGCAGUCGGCCAGAUGUUGCCACAACGACCCUAUGGUUGGCUCCAAUUGUGUGGGAGGGAACAUUUGAUCAGAAGUUGAUUGACAACAUCUACAAACCACGGAAUAUCACCGUGGCAACCACCGUCUUUGCAGUGGGGAAGUACGUACGCUUCCUGAAGGACUUCCUGGAAUCUGCAGAGCAGCACUUCAUGGUGGGCUACCGAGUGCAUUACUACCUGUUUACAGAUCGUCCGGACGAGGUUCCCACGGUAACACUGGGGGAAGGGCGUCAGUUGACUGUGAUAAAAACAGAAACCUCGAACCGCUGGCAGGAAAUCUCACUGCGCAGGAUGGAGAGAAUCGAGAAGCUCAUCGAAAAGGAACUCACCGGCAAGGCAGACUACAUAUUCAGUCUCGACGUCGACUCCAAAUUCUAUGCUCACUGGGGGGCGGAGUCUCUGGGCGACCUUGUCGGUGUGCUGCAUGCCUGGUAUUUCGGAUCAUCUCGGAAUCAUUUCCCAUACGAGCGGCGUCCUGAAUCUCAGGCCUUCAUACCUUUUGAAGAAGGAGACUACUACUACGGAGGGGCCGUGAUCGGAGGACACCUCGACGAAGUGCACAAGCUGGCGAAGACGUGCCGCAUGCAGCUGGAUGUGGACCGAGCCAAUCACAUUGAAGCAAUAUGGCAGGAGGAGUCUCACCUGAACAAGUACUUCCUGUACAAUAAGCCCAGCAAGGCGCUCUCACCUGAAUACCUGUGGGACGACACAAAAUGGAAACGCAGCUACUUGAAAGUGGUGCGUUUCUCUCAGGUGGUCAAGAAUUACGCCAACAUCCGACCCAACCCUUAAAGCACACUGUACCUCAGUAGGUUUUGCACCAGAUUGAAUACUUCAUGCUGUGAAUUACAUGAAUUAUCCAUAUAAUACGAUUCUUCAUGGAACAUAACUGAACUACGUUCGCUCAUCCUAGUACCCUCAUCUCUCAGGUUUCACCAACAGAACAGCAGGACUUUGCUUUCCCUUGGUAACACCACCUCUUUGUGGCAGUUAUCCCAACUGCAAUGUUCUCUCUCUCAAAGCUCUCACAUCCUGUAACAUGCUCAUAUUCUUGUUUUUUUUUUGUUUUUUUUUUUACACCGGAGAUAAAAGAAUGCCCAUAAAUACCAUGAAACGCAGCCCUACAAUUCUUAA